AUGGCUUCACCAGACACACCCGAACUUGAAGAACUUGUAUUUUAUCAACAAUUAAUAUCAAAUUUCCAUGAUUUAUAUACAAGAGCUCAACAGUCAUGUUCAAUACUUGUCAUACCACAACACCUAUCGACUACUUCUUCAUUAACACGUGACAUAUUUGAAUCACAUGUGUUUCGCCCUUCUCCAUGUUAUCUACGUAAACAUGUAUCUUGGAAUGACAAAUAUGAAAUUGAGUUUGAUACUAAUCGUACUAUUCGAUUUUUUUACAAAAAAGAUGGAGCAGGUGAAAAACGUGUGAAGAUUCUAAGCCAAGAGGAUGUUCGUGAUAGUAUUCGACAACGUUCCUAUAGUAUAUUAAUUAUUGAACAACCAUUGAUUGAUACUAAUGCAAUCAAGAAUUUACCAAAUGGUACAAUAUUAAAGUCAAUACGCAAACCUUUGAAUUCAUCAUCGAUAUCGAAAUUCGAUAUAACAACGGCAAGUUAUGAAUCAUCAUUUAUGUUUCUUGAUUCGCUGCGUGAAAUAGAGUCGGCCUUUGCAAAAUUGCGUACAGCUUUGUUUUUAUUUAAUGAAACCUAUGUCAUACUACCAAAAUUUGUUGAAAAUGCUCUUGAUAAACUUCGUCAAUUACGAGUAGAAUUUCUCGUGGAAUCUUACAAAUUAUCAAAUAGAAAUCAUGCCGAUCGUGAUAUUGAGUUAGCAAGUGAAAUCUACAUAACUGGUAACACAUAUACGAAAGUUUGGCCAAUUAUUCUUCAACAUAAUGAAAAUAAAGAUCAAAUAUUAUUUGAAAAUAUUGAGAAACGACAAAGAAACGAGCACAAAUAUUCUAAUCAAAUUAAUUUAAAUACGAAUCAAACUGCGUUAAAUGAAUUGAAAAGAUUAGAUGAUCUUAAAUCAUCGUAUGAAAAAGCUAAGUGUAUUCGUUCGGCACUUGAUUUAACAGUGGCUGCUAAAACAUUAAUGAUUGUUGAUCCAAAAAAUUCUGCUGUUUCAUAUCAUUCAUCAUCAAAGCCAAUGCCAAUGGCAGCCGAUGAAACUCUAACCGCAUUUAUUGAUCUCAUAUGUCAAUUAAUAUCAUCUGCAGAACCAAAUGUUCGUAUUCGUUUAUCGGCACAUGAAUAUUAUACGGAAAAAUUUAGAUUCUCUCCUCUUCCACAAGAUAUUGAUUAUGCUUUUACAACUUACCGAGGCGUUCUAGAAUAUUUAACAAAUAGCUCUUCUUGGUUUUGA